UAACCAAUAAGGUAUGAGAUCGCUCUCGAAGUGUGCUGUUAUUGGUAGGAUGCCAGUGUAUUUCGAUGUGUAUUGGUUAUUCUUGUCCAAUUACAGUUUACACAUCUUUGACGUGAGUGACACUGCUGUCGUCCAAUGAGUGCCUCCCGGGCAUGUCUGUGAUUGGUCCAAUGUCCCUCUGGGGGCGGGACGUAGUGAUGUUUUGUGAUGGGAUGGAAAAUGGCGGCUGUUCAGAGACGGCAUUAACUUUGUACUAUGCUAGUUUUAAUCGCAGGAACAGUGUACAUCCUUUUUCUUGUAUUUGAUCAGAAGUUAUGCACGAUGCGACUUGACGUUAUGCCAAAUUUCCUGCGGGUGCAUGUAAGGCAUCAUUAGCUGGGCACGACUUUGUUUGACGAAAGCAAGGAACAAAGCUGGAGUAUUCAGAUGGUGUUGAUUUUAUGAUAAUGUUUUGAAUUUUUUUCACUUCCAACCUCUGUAGCAGCCUGUGUACAUGAGCUGAGCUACUCCCAUAUGCAAGCGACGCUACUUUUAAAGACAGUGUGAAGUCAGUGAGCGUAAAAAGUAAAGUUAGACACGGAGCGACAAAUGUCUGCUCUGCAAAGAUGAUAAAUAAUAUAUUUUAAUCUGUUUGUUAGUCACGUUGUUGGUCUGCAGUCGUUGACACAAGCCUUCCGACUGCUAUCAAAUGGAGCCCUGCGGCGCUACGGGACACUUUGAGGUGUUUUGCUGGUGGUUGUAUGUUCACACUGGACGCCGUUAGAUAGCUGCCGUUGGUGGGACAGGUCUCGGGUUCCCAGUGAUAUGGAUGAGUCCAAGCCACGGUACAGCAAAAGGCUGCGGGCAGGCACCCGGAGACGCUACCAUGAUGACGGCAUCUCGGAUGAGGAGAUUGAUGGAAGAAGGAUGUUUGACCUGGAGGAGAAAGUCAGCAGUCAGAGGUUCAGCUCUGACCGGAUUGUUCGCAUGGAGGGAAAAGACCUUACGUACGAGUUCAUCCAGAGAGGCGGCCUGAGGGACCCAAUCCUUUUUGAGAAGCCCGAUGGACUGGGAAUCAAGAUGCCAGAUCCUGACUUCACUGUCAACGAUGUCAAGAUGUUUGUUGGUAGCAGACGUAUGAUAGAUGUGAUGGAUGUCAGCACUCAGAAGGGGACAGAGAUGUCCAUGGCCCAGUGGACACGUUACUACGAGACGCCUCCAUCUCAGAGAGAGAAACUCUAUAAUGUCAUCAGCUUGGAGUUCAGCCAUACCAAGCUUGAGAACCUGGUGAAGAGACCUUCAACAGUAGAUCUCAUAGACUGGGUGGACAACAUGUGGCCUCGGCAUCUGAAAGAGAGACAGAGAGACUCGACCAACUCUAUCAAUGACAUGCAAUACCCUAAAGUACAGAAAUACUGUCUGAUGAGUGUCGAGGGCUGCUACACCGACUUUCACAUUGACUUCGGAGGCACCUCAGUGUGGUAUCAUAUACUGCGAGGGAGCAAGGUGUUCUGGCUGAUCCCUCCGACCCCUCAGAACCUGGAGUUAUAUGAGAACUGGGUGCUGUCGGGGAAACAAGGAGAUGUUUUCCUUGGAGACAGAGCAUCUGACUGCCAGAGGAUUGAACUAAAACAUGGCUGCACCUUCAUCAUACCCUCAGGUUGGAUUCAUGCUGUCUACACCCCGUUGGAUUCGAUGGUAUUUGGAGGAAACUUCCUGCACAGCUUCAACAUUCCAAUGCAGCUUAACAUCUGCAAUAUCGAAGACAGAACGAGGGUACCGGUGAAGUUUCGCUACCCCUUCUUCUAUGAGAUGUGCUGGUACGUGUUGGAGCGCUACGUCUUCAGUCUAACCAAGACCUCCUACCUCACACCAGAGUUUCAGAAACACUCGCUGGGCAUUGGUCUGAAGUGCCCAUCUGGCUCAGAUCUUGCCACUGAGCAAGUGAAGGAUGAGGAGGAAGAGGAGGAGGAGGAGGAGGAAAGUGGUGGCAGCGACGAAGAGGCCUCGGGACAGCAGAGUGAUCAACCUCUAGCUAAGGUCCAUCUGACCCCGCUUGAGGUGGAGGGACUGUGGAACCUGCUGGGUAAACUGGAGGCGCUGCCCUCGAACAAGAAAUGUGUCCCAGCAGGGAUACACAAUGCUCCAGCACUCAUUACACACAUCAAGGCACUACUAAAGGAACACGCCAGUGACACUCCCAAACUGUCCUACACAGGAAAACCCAUUGUCAAGUGGCCAAAGAGGCCCUUAUGGUACCAGCCUCCUCCUCCUCCACCUCCACCUCCCCGUCCUAAACUGGCCUCUACUCCCAUUAUCCCGCGACCUCAGAAACCAGCUUCUUCCAUGUCUGUGCUGAGGCGACGCAGGGUCAGGUGUAAGCGCUGUGAAGCCUGUAUGAGGCCAGAGUGUGGAGACUGUAACUUCUGCAGAGACAUGAAAAAGUUUGGAGGACCAGGAAAGCUCAAGCAGACCUGUGUGCUACGACAAUGUCUCUCUCCCGGCCUUCCUCUGUCUGCAGUGUGCGAGAUUUGCAAGGAGCCCAAUCAGGAGGAAACUGGAGACCCUUCCCUGACUCUGAUGGAAUGUUCCAACUGUGCACAAAUAGUCCAUCCAGCCUGCCUUACGGUUCGGGGUGAAGGAGUGGUGAAUAAAGAUCUGCCCAGCUGUUGGGAGUGCCCGAAAUGUGUCCAGGGGAUCACUGAUCCAGAGUCUAAAGGUGACAGAGGUGAUGGCCUUCCAAUGAAAAGGAAAGCUUCUUCUCUGCUGGACGCUCGUAUGGCUAAGAUUUACAGACGACAGCGACACAGCCGCGAUGGAGAUGACUCUGCCAGCGAUGAUGAUGAUGAAGCAUCUCACAAAAGAAAGAUGUCUUUGCAUGCCCGUGGGGGGAGCCACUCCUCCAGGAGGGCAUUUAGUGCCAACAGAAGAGGCUUGCUGAGAGGAGGCCCGGCCCACAGAGGAAGCAGAGGAGUGCUGGUGACUCCUGGCUCCUCCUCUAUGCUUAAGUUAAAGCGAGGGAUGGGCAUGAGGGAGGGGGGACGGAGGGGGCGAGGAGUGAGGCUGCGAGGAGGCUCCAGGAUGCAGCGUAGAGGAGAUGACUCUGAGGAUUCCGAAGACGAUGACGACGACGAUGAUGACGACGACGACGAUGACGAUGAUGAAGAAGAGGACGACAGUGAAGAUGGAGACAAAGAACGACAUCUUCAUCGACGCAGGAGGAGGCACAGGACUGACGAUGAGGAUGAAGAUGAAGACAGCGAAGGGCAGGAGUUUGAACCUGAGGAGGAGGAGAUGGACAUGCUGGAGGAUGAAGAGGAGGAAGAGGAAGAGGAGGAGGUGGAGGAGGAUGGGCGGUGGGAUUCAGAUCCUGAACCGCCAGUCCUCCUGGUGUCUGAUCUAAAUGAUGACCUGCUGAGUGGCUCCUACCUGACUGUCACUCUGCAGCACCCCCACAAAGCCAAGAGACAAUCUGGUUCCAUAGUUCCAAAGCUAGAAGCAGCCAUGGGUCCAAGAACAGCUGCAGUGGGUAGUAGCGGUCAACAGGGCUUCAUCCAGAGGAAGACUGCGCUGUCAAAACCUUCACGACUCAAGGGCACCGACUUCAUAGCUGACAGCGUAACCCCAAGAGGACCUGGCAGGCCUCGUCUGCGCGGUAGUGGUGGUGACAGAAGCACCAGGACUCGUUCUGCAUCUUCUUCAGAUGAACAGGAGGCCGCUGCUCCUCCUGCAUUUUCCUCCCUGUCUCCUCCAUCCUUGCUGUCUCUGCCAUCCUUUAAAGAUGCAGGGAAUGAAAGAGUAGGGGAGAAGGAAGUGUGGGUGUCUGUGUUCAAAUACUUGAACAGAGCUGAGCUGCUGGCGUGCAUGACCGUCUGUAAGGCCUGGUACAAGUGGAGCUGUGACAAACGUCUGUGGAGCCAUGUGGAUGUGAGUCGGUGCAGCCCGCUCAGUAACCAGGCCCUGGCAGGCAUCAUUAAACGCCAGCCCACCUCUCUGGAUCUGUCCUGGACACCCCUGGCCAAACGACAGCUCAACUGUCUGCUCACCAGGCUCCCCGGUCUGAGGGAGUUGAGGGUGACCGGUCUCUCCUGGUCCUGUCUGUCAGCGCUGGUGUCUCCCACUCUGCCCCACCUGAGGCUGCUGGACCUGCGCUGGUGUGAAGGCCUGCAAGAUGCCCAGAUUAAAGAGAUCACCACCCCACCUGGUUUGGAGUCAUCGCGUAGCAGGCUGAGGAACAUGGUGACGCUGCGCCUGUCUGGUCUGGAUGUCAGCGAGUCCACUCUGAGGCUUCUGCAGCGUCAUAUGCCCCAGCUGGAGAGGCUGGACCUGGCUCACUGCAAGGAGAUAACGGACUCCUCCAUCGCUCUGCUGGCAGCAGCCGGGACUCACACCCGCAACAACCUCACGGAGCUCACACUGGCAGGUUGCAAUGAGCUGACAGAUGGCUGUCUGUCCUACCUGAAGCGUCUGUCCUCACUGACUCUGCUGGACCUCAGAGGCUGUACGGGCGUCAGCAGGCGAGCAUGUGACGCCUUCAUCUCUGACCUGUCCCAUGUCGCCCUCUACUGUAUGAUGGAGGAGAAGCUCAUCCAGCGCCUGGACUGACAAACACAUUGUUGCAGCGCACUGUGACAGAGGACAAUAUGCCUUGUCAGAUGUGUUUUUCCAUACGUUCACCCUCGGUUGUUCUCAGAAACAUGACAAGCACCAAACCUGGAGGCGGCCAACAAAAGCAUUAAACUUCACCAAUCUGGAAGUCCUUCGGUCCUAAAAUCACAACGUCUUCUGAUACAAUGUGCAAAUGGAGUCAAAAAUAUGGAAAGAAGAACAAUGGAACUACCUUUGUUCACUGAACUUGAACAAAGUAGCUGUUGGUGAUGAACGCUGUGCUAUUCUGUUCCUGAACUGAGGAUUCCAUGUGUGUGUAUAUAUGUUAUUUUUAUGUUUACCUUAGACAAUAUUGCACAAUGUGAGAACUGAAUUAAAUGUGAAUAGUUUCUGUU